AAGGAAAAGAAAAAUUAAAAAGAAAAAGAAAAAAAAAAGAGAAAAAUAUCAUGUGGUGGCUGGAAGUAUCUUUCAUACGAAUACACGAUCCAGUUCGUGUGAAGGGAAAAGAGAGAUGGCCCAAAAAAGAACAAGGGACAAACAAAAAUAAAAUAAAAUAAACCAGAAUAAUUUGAACACUCCCAUCCAGUAAAACCCUGUCAAAACUAUAGGACCACUAUCAGAUAACAAAAUCUACAAAAAACAGCAUAUCCAAUAAAAUUAAACCUUCCCCAGCUAUUGCCUUUCAAUCCUUGCUCCCCAAGAACAUCUAAUCAUCAUAAAAUCCAAACAGCAGUGGGAUAUAUAAUAAAUUGAAGGGCCCAUAAACUGCUAUAGAUAGAUAGUAAAAAUCUUUGAUCUUACCAACUCAUCUUCAGACCACACACACACAUUUCAAAGACAGAGAUUGAAAAUGGCAAAUUUGUUUAUCAAGCAAGCAGAGCAAUACUCUGUGGGAAGGCCUUCUUACCCAAACCAACUCUUUGAUUUCAUUGCAACAAAGACACCUUCGCAUGAUCUUGCAUGGGAUGUCGGCACUGGUAGCGGCCAAGCCGCUCGAUCUCUAGCUAAUAUCUACAAGAACGUUAUAGCAACAGACACAAGCCCAAAACAACUUGAGUACGCAGCCAAACUACCAAACAUAACUUACAAACAUACCUCUCCAUGCAUGACCAUAUCCGAACUCCAAGAAAAAAUCGGCCCAAAAUCAAGUGUCGAUUUAGUCACCAUAGCCCAAGCCAUGCACUGGUUCGAUCUCCCGAAAUUCUACCAGCAGGUUAAAUGGGCCCUCAAAAAGCCCGAUGGCGUCAUAGCUGCAUGGUGCUACACGAGUCCGGAAGUCAACCCUGGAGUUGACUCAGUGUUAAAGAGAUACUGCACCAAUUGCGUGACUCCACACUGGGCUCCAGCUCGUAGGUUCGUUGCUGAGAAGUACGAGACCAUUGAAUUUCCAUUUGGGCCGGUUGAUGGGCUCGAAAAUAAUGGGCCCUUCAGGUUUAAUUCGGAGGAGGUUAUGGAUUUGGAGAGGUAUUUGACUUACUUGAAGUCUUGGUCACCUUACCAAACGGCUAAAGAGAAGGGUGUGGAGCUGUUGAGUGAUGAUGUGAUUGAAGGUUUCACGAGGGCGUGGAAUGAAGAUGGGAAAAUCGAGAAGGUUGUCACUUUUCCUGUUUAUUUGAGGAUUGGGAAAGUCGGGUCCUAAAAUUAUUGAGUAUUUAGGCGUGAUAAUGCAACGUAUUUGAAAUAAAGCUGUACUAAUGAAUGCAAAAAAUAUGCAGAAUAGUGAAAGAAUAAAAGAUCCCUCCUUUUUUUUUUCAUUCAUUCGCCUAAAUUCAAAAGCUUGCCCAUCAAUGUAUCUGUGUAUGUUAUCAAGCUCAAGUGAUUCCGAGAAAUAAGAAAAAAAAAACUACUCAAAAUUCUACUCACAUGCCAAGUUGUUCUGUUUUGUUACUCACCAAUGUCGUAACAGUUUCUAACUGACUAAACUAAUGUUUAAGAGUAUUUUCCACUCUGCCUCAACCCU